AUGGUAGGACUGGAGCACAUGAAUGUUCUUGGUCAAUUCAUCGAGAAACGGCACGAGGCAAUACUGAUUUCGUAUUUGAAAUGCUCUCCAUUCUUAUACCACGUGUGUUUUGAUCCCAUUGGGACACACACAAAGGCUAGAACAGUUAUAGGAUUUUUUCUUGGACUGACGUUGGGUGUGUUAUUCUAUGUAACAAUUAUACUCGAUCUCGCAUUUGAUCCGUACACGACUCUUGGACUUGGGUUAAUUGUCAUUGUUAUGCUGUCAGCUGGUUGUGCUUCGUCAAUACAGGUAAGAUGCGUGUGUGUCCUAACAAUUCCAGCUUUUUUCGGUCGAGCAGGUCGAAGCAUGUUAAAAGCCCUGGUCCUAGGUUACGUAAUAGCAGGUCCAAUCUUCAACCUGACCUACAAUGGAAAAGAAGUGGUCCGGACCUUCGCUUGUACCACUCAACUCACCUACAACCUCACCAAAACCCGCUUUGAUCUGAUGUUUAAACCCGUUCAGCAGGCAAUCUUAGGUAUGAAAGAUAAUGUUAACGAAGUAAAGGACACACUAGCUUCUGUGAGGGAUCUGAUGGGACCUAUUGUGGAGGAGAUAGAGGGCGAAGAAGAGAUGAAGAGACUCAAGGAGGAAAAUGAUUAUCUCGAUGAGCUGCAAGGUGACACCCAAAGAAGUGAAGCAAUUGAGCAAAAACAUGAAAAGGAAAUCGAAAAUGCUGAGUCUCAAGGAGAAGUAUAUGAGGCCAAAUAUCGAAAAAAAAUAGAAGCUAGAUGUGAAGAACAGCUGAGCAGAGGUUCUGAACGUUGCAGAGAAGGAUUCGGUGAUGCUUACAACAAGUGCUAUGAUACAGUAACGUGGCUGGCUGCUUGGUUAUUAUGCUGGCCGAUGAAGCUGACUUUUGUCUGCAACAUAGUUCAAGCUCUUGGAGGCUCCAGCAUCUGUAAUCCUGAAGGAAAAAUUGAUGCUGGAAUUGGUGAAGGUUACGCAAGUCUGAAAAACGCGAGAGACUCCCUCAGUUCUGGUUUUAAAGAUGCUCGUCUGCAAUACAAGCUUAAAAACGCGCCCCUAAUCCUCGAUGUUCGCGAUGCCGGGGAUACCGCCAAAGCAGUUUUUCAUGACUUCAACAUCCGCCGGCAUUUCUUUGAUUCCCUAAUGACCUUCCUUAAACGCUGCCUAGCCUUUGUCUUCCUCAAAAUCAUCCUCAGCGCGCAAGACUACCAUGACCGUUAUCUCACCGAUAUUGAGCAUGACAACCACUACGUAACCACCUAUUUCCGUAAAAUUGACGCGCGGCGUAAGCACCGCGGUAGCGCUAUCAUCUUACCCUUGAGGAAGGUCGAAUUUCAAAAGUUUGUAGACCCUUAUCGCCUAAAACAAGGGAAGAUAGAGAAAAAAAACUUUAUUGGUCAAACAGUCAAGCUAAUCCUGGAAAUGGUGACGGCAACAACUUUUGUCCUUCUUGAUCGUCUCUUUUUCGAGACCCUAGACCUCAUUCGAAAACAUGGACAUAUGGAGUACACUCAAGCAGGUCACCACGACCUCAACAUCGAUGUAAAGGGCACUGGAGUCAUUGCAUCACUGAUAAGAAGCGUCGUAAAAGGGUUUAACGUGAAAAAAAGAAUAAAAAUGGUGGUAUCGAAUGCCACUUGUCUUCCCCGUCCCACCGAGCUAUCGAGUUAUAUCCUCAUGAAGAUAUAUGGAACUUACACCGCCAUUUGGCUCAUGCUCUUCGUCGCUGCUUACACACAACGUUUAAGAAGAUUGAUAUGUUCAUUCUUCUAUAGAAAACGUGAAAAGAGACGUGUUUUGUAUCUCUAUAAUGAGACACUGAGAAGAAGAUUGGGUUACUUCCGGUUUAUGAAGAUCAGAGUGAGAACAUUGGUGAGGGCGAGUCUACUGGAGAAAGACAUGGAUCCGUGGGUAGCACUGAGGCUAAGAUCGCCGACAUUAUGUGGAUGGCUAAAGUUUUUUGCUUUUGCAAGAUUGAAGUGUUUGAUCUGCGGUGAACCGGAGGGUAGAAAGGCAACGUUUCGGAGAUGUGAGACACCAGGGUGCGAAUUUAUCCAUUGUUGGGAAUGCUGGAGGGAUGUGGGAGAGGUUUGUUUGGCUUGUCUGCCAGGAGAGACUGACGAUGAGGAGGAUUAUGAUACACAGGUGGAAUGA